AGUACCAUAUCCAGGCCUCUAGGGGGCAGUAUUGCAAGAGCUGCAGUCUUUUGAAAGAUCCUAGCGGAAGUUCUUGUUGAGGAGUUUGCCUGGGAGAGCAUGAACUGUGUCGCCUCAUGGCUGCUCACAGCAACACGUUUAUUCGCCUCCGCUUGUUCUUUGACUACCCGCCGCCGGCCGCCGUGGGGUGCCGCAUGUGUUGGCUGCUCGUGGACCUGAACACGUGCCGGGUGGUGGCGGACCUGGAGAGCAUCAUCAGGGAGAGGUUCGAGUUCAGCCGCAGCAGCAUCCUGAGCCUGUUCAUAGAGGACUGCUACCUGCCGCACACGGAGAGCAUCUACGUGGUGCGGGACAACGACAACAUCAGGGUGCAGGUGGGAUGUCUGGCUCAGGUGAAUGGACACAGCAGCUGUUCAGAGUCGGCGAAGAUAAACUGCAAAAAGAGGCAAAGAGACACAAGAGAGGUUGGAGCAGGAGAUGGACCAAGUGUAGAGCACAAGAAAAAGAAGAAGAAGAAAAAGAAGUUGGAGGAUGGCACGGCAGAUCAGACUAACUUGGCUAAAGUUGAAAACAGGAAUAAGAUGUCACAGACAAAGAAGGCCACUAAAAAGAAGAAAAAGACAAUGGAGUCUGUGGAUAAUAGCCAUGCUGCUGUCCCUAAAGCAGCUGCUGCCCCACACAAACCCUCAGGCCCAAAAAAGACCCCAGCGGAGAAAAUCAAAAAACUGAAAGCUCCUUCAUCAGAUUCCAGCAGUAGCAGCAGUGACGAAGAUAAAACUUCUCAUCAAAAAUUAGCCAAGAAACCCCACACCACCGCUGCUGCCUCAAAAGGACCUCCAAACCCCAAACCCACCCCCAAAAAAUCUCAACCUCCAUCAUCAUCUUCCUCCUCAGACACGGACUCCUCCUCGGAUGAGGAAGAAAGUUUAAAAGUCCCCCCCAAAACCCAAGCUUUAUCACCCAAAACCAGCAACUCCAAAACUCCUCAGGCUGCUCCAGCCAAACAGUCUGAACACUGUGCUCAGAAACAGGCUUCCAGCAUAGAGGAGCCUCCUCACAACAAAGUGAUGGAGCCCCACAUCCAAAACAGUGAAGAGGAGAUCCAGCUGGUUAUCCGGCGGCCGCAACAGCCUACCCUGAACAUACCCGGCCAGGUUCUCUGGAGAGGCCUCGGCAGGGGCGAAGACAGGAGGUGGGCUGGAGGUGAUCCUGGAGGGCGCACCAGGGGAGGAGGUCAAAGCAAUGUACAGUGCUUCAGUAAUGGCACAAAGGAUCCUUCUUACCAGACUGAUUCUCUGAUCAACAAGUCUGUGGUUUUGCAGAAUGAAGAGAAACCAGUUCCUAAGAAGGACUACAGCUCCAUGCCCCUGUUAGCUGGACCUCCUCAGGUGGGCCAGAACAUUGUUUUUAAGUUGCUGGAGCUAACAGAAAACUACACACCAGAAGUAUCUGAAUAUAAGGAGGGAAAGAUUGUGAACUUUGACCCGAUGACCAAGCAGAUAGAGCUUGAACUUCUUAAUACCUCACAAGCUCCUGCCGAACCAGGCAAGUUUGACCUUGUCUAUCAGAAUCCAGAUGGCUCGGAACAAGUGGAAUACGCUGUACAGAGAGGAUCUUGGGUGAUGGAACGAUGGGAGUCUCUGCUGGAGCCACGACUGAUCAUUUAAAUAUGGAAAAACGUCACUUUGUUUAUUAAAUGAAAUAUUUUCUGGAGCUGGGAUUUUAUUCUUUGUAUAUUGAUGUGACUAUGUUUGGUUUUCUAUUAAAAUAUUGCUAAUA